AUGUCCGCCGCACCCCCCGGGGAGAACCCCGCCACGGUGGAGACGCCCGUGGACAUCGCGAAGUUGAAGUCCGCGUUAGGGUGCCCGAUGUGCGGCGAGAUGUUCAACUUCCCGGUCACCGUGGUGCGUCCCCCCCCCGAGGGGAUGGGACGGAUCUCUCCGAAUUCUGUCAUCAUCCAUCCUCUUCGCGCUCGCCCCGCUCCGCGUCGCGAACUCACUCCCCGUUCCCCGUCCGCCCCAAACUCGCAGAUCGAGUGCCUGCACACGUUCUGCCACGCGUGCAUCGUCAAGGAGGUGCAGCCGGGGAAGCCGGCGAACGCGUGUCCCAAGUGUAAGAUCGCUUUAGGUGCGUUCUAUACGCUGGUCCCCAUACGACCGCGUCGGCGUGGUGGACGCCGAUCCUUAAGGACUUUUGCAGGCGUCUCUCUCCGCCCAGGGUCCCUCGCUUUCAAUCCCCGCCCUCGACGCCUUUCAACUCCACCCCGACGUUCGCCCUUAGGGAACAACCCGUUCGUGGAGAAGAAGAUCGUCAAGGACGCGCCCAAGACGGGACUGGUAGACAAGCUACGGUCGGCGGGGAAGUGCCUCUCGGCGGAGGAGCAGAGCGCGUGGGACGCCAAGGCGGCGGCGGCGGCGGCGGCGGCGGCGACGACGACGACGGGAUGA